CCCCCCCCGGGCCUCGCCUUGUCUCCACCCUACCUCCCUUCCUUCCUUCCUCCCCUCCCCACCCCCCUAACCCACCCCGCAGCACCCAUGUCUGGCGGAGUUUCCUUGCAACGUUGAAACGUCCAGCCGCCGGGCCAGGGCCAGCGAUCGGGCUCGCCUCUGCCGCUCGCUCGCGCCUUUCUCUCGCUUCCUUUCCCUCCUUUCUUCCUCCCCCCCAACCCUCCUCCCACUUUCCCCUCCCCUCUCUCCAUCCCCCCUCCCUCCCCCCCACCCCGCCAUGGCUUUUUCCCAAUUGGGAUACCAGUACAUUCGGCCCAUCUACCCGACGGAUCGCCAAGGGAACGGCGGCUCCCGCAACGGGGCAGACCUCAGCCCGUCGGGCAGCCUCUCCAACGUCCUCUCCACCAUGUACGGAGCGCCUUACGCGGCCGCCGCGGCAGCCCAAGGAUACGGCGCCUUCCUACCCUACGCAGCCGAGCUACCCAUCUUUCCGCAGCUGGGAGCCCAGUACGAGCUGAAGGAGAGCCCCGGCGUGCAGCACCCGGCUUUUCCCCACCACCACCCGGCUUUCUAUCCCUACGGGCAGUACCAAUUCGGGGACCCGUCGAGGCCCAAGAACGCCACCCGGGAGAGCACCAGCACCCUCAAGGCCUGGCUGAACGAGCACCGGAAGAACCCGUACCCCACCAAGGGCGAGAAGAUCAUGCUGGCCAUCAUCACCAAGAUGACCCUCACCCAGGUGUCCACCUGGUUCGCCAACGCCCGGCGGCGCCUCAAAAAGGAGAAUAAAAUGACCUGGGCGCCGCGCAGCCGGACCGACGAGGAAGGGAACUCCUACGGCAGCGAGCACGACGAGGAGGACGGCGAGGGCGACAAGCGCGACCCCGACGAGGAGGAGAUCGACCUGGAGAACAUCGACACGGAGAACAUGGAGAGCGCCUCGUCGGGGGGCAAAGGGGGGCAGCUCCUCUUGGGAGAGGAGGACGAGGACGAGGACGACGAGGAGGAAGAGGAGCCGCCGGAGGACUCGGCGCUCCUCCACUCCGACGCCAAAACCACGGACUCCGACGGCUCCGACGGCUUGGAGGACUUGGCCGCCCCGGAGCGCUUCUUGAAAGCCCUGGAGGCCCGCCAGCGCGCCUCUGCCUCGCCCGGGGCGCUCGGGCAGCCGCCGGCCUCGUCCCCCGCGUCCCCCUCGACGGUGCCCGGCGCGGCUUUGCAAGCCCAGCCAGCGCAGCAGCCGCCGGCGCCGGCCAAGCCCAAGAUCUGGUCCUUGGCAGAGACAGCCACCAGCCCGGAUAACCCCUCCCGGAAAUCGCCCCCCGGCGGCGGCUCCCCCCCGGCGGCAGCGGCGGCCCCGCAGGGCUUGCAGCUGGUGGGGGCCCCGCACGCCUCCCCGGGCCCGGGCCCCGCGCACAGACUCGUCUCUUCGUGCCCCCUGGGCAAGUUCGCCAGCUGGACGGGGCGGGCCUUCUCCCACCACCACCACCACCACCCUCACCCGCUCACCUUACUGAACACUCCCCACCUCUUGGGACUUGGGGGGGCCAACUCCAGCACAGCCCCCAACGCGGCAUUCUGCAGACCUUCGGACCAAGCGCAGAGCACCGACGCCUCUGGAACAGAUCGAUCUAGUGCCUUGGAAGUAGAGAAAAGGUUAUUAAAGACAGCUUUCCAGCCAGUUCAGAGGCGGCCUCAAAACCAACUCGAUGCAGCUAUGGUUCUAUCUGCUCUGUCAUCAUCCUAGUUAAUUUUUUUUAAUUAUUGUUCUAAUUAUUGUAAAAUAAAAUUCUCUGUAUAGUUUACAACUUGUACGCAUGCCCAUGUAUUAAAUGAGAAAAAAGACAAAAACCAAGGAAAAAAAAACACUGCUUCUGUACUAUCAUCUGGGUUAGAUGAGUUCGUGAGGUUUUUUUGAAAGUCCAGUGCAAAAUAGGAGUCUUUAAAUUUUUUUGUAUAUAUAGUAAAAAAAAAUGUACAUAUGUGUGAACCAAAUUGUACAAGAAAGUAUAUAUUUUUGGCUAAUAAACUGUUGCCACUUUGACUACA